GCGUUAUCCUCUUCCGGGGAGCUCGACGAAGGCGUGUGCGUUGUUAUCCUUCCUGUGAGCAGUUUGAGGGCGAGCGACUCCAGUGAGAGGGGGGAGAGCGGCGAGAGCGAGAGGAUGGCUGGGAUGGCGGCGCUGCAGGGCGCCAUGGCGUCGCUCUCCGUCUCCGCGCCCGGCGCGGCGAGCACCAGCAGCUUCUGGGGCAACCGGCUCGCCACCUACUCCGCGCCGCAGCCUGGGGUAAGAUUUAUGGUCAAGAUAUGCCCAAUUGAAAUGAAACUUAAGAGAUGGGAGCGAAAGAAGUGUAAACCAAACAGCCUUCCUGUGCUGCACAAGAUGCAUGUUAGGAUUGGGGACACGGUACAAGUCAUUGCAGGCCGUGAGAAAGGAAAGGUUGGAGAAGUAACACGCCUUUUCAAGCACAACAGCACAGUGAUUGUGAAGGACCUGAACUUGAAGUCGAAGCACAAGAAAGGCACAGAUGAUGAACCCGGAGAAAUCGUCAUGAUUGAAGGCCCCAUUCAUAGCUCAAAUGUGAUGCUCUACUCCAAGGAGAAGAGUGUGGCAAGCAGGGUUGGCCACAAAUUCCUCGAGGACGGGACCAAGGUCCGAUACCUGGUCAAGACCGGUGAAGUAAUCGACAGUGUUGAGAAGUGGGUAAAGGUGUUCAAGGAAGGAAAUUCUGAGUAACCAUUUUAGCAUGAAAAACCUGCAGAAUGCUUUGAAACCUGACUGCAUCUUGCAUGCUGAAUUGAGUCUGUUUAUCCCUCUGUGUUGUUUAUGCCAGCUUUGUAAAUUAUACAGUUAUUACCAAAUUUUGCAACGCAAGUCAAUCCAUGUCACCAUUGUUUCA